AUGGGUUACUUCGGCCUCAAGGGCGGCUGGCUCACCUUCUGGGUGACGGUCGCCUGCGCAACAGACAUGACACUCUUCGGCUACGACCAAGGCGUCUUUGGCGGCGUGAUCGUGACCUACGACUUCCUGCAGACGAUGGGCAUUGUCGGCAACGACAAGCUCCAGAGCACGGUGACGGCCAUCUACGACAUUGGCUGCUUCCUCGGCGCCAUCUCCACCAUCUGGAUCGGCGAGCGGCUCGGGCGCAAGAACACCGUGCUCGUUGGCACCACCAUCAUGUCCAUCGGCGCCAUCCUCCAGAUCGCGGCCUUCAACUAUGCCACCAUGAUGACCGGCCGCGUGAUCGCGGGCAUCGGAAACGGCAUCAACACCUCGACGGCGCCCGUGUGGCAGGGCGAGACGAGCAAGGCCAGCUGGCGUGGAAAGUUGAUUGUCAUUGAGAUGAUUAUGAACAUCUUUGGGUUCUCUUUGAGCAACUGGGUCACCUUUGGCUUCUCGUAUCUCACCGGCUCCGUAACAUGGAGGUUCCCCCUGGCCUUCCAAUUUAUCUUCAUCUUCAUCCUCUUCGGCACCGUCCCAUGGCUUCCUGAAUCUCCUCGUUGGCUCCUCGCAAAGGGCCGCGUUGCUGAGGCAGAGCAAAUUCUCGCAGACCUGGAAGACCGCCCUGUCGACGACGCCUACAUCCAGACACAGUCCAAGGACAUCCAGUGGGCUGUUGAGUACGAGCGCGAGAACACCGUCCCCUGGUCCGAUCUUCUCCGCGGUAAGACUGGCGAGACUGCCGGCACCGGAACGCUCCGCCGCAUCAUUCUUGGCAUGGGCACGCAAGCCAUGCAACAGCUCGGCGGUAUCAAUGUCACGAGCUACUACCUCCCCACCGUCCUCAUCCAGUCCGUCGGCCUCGACAACAAGACUGCCCGACUCCUCGCCGCGUGCAACUCCGUCAGCUACUUCCUCUUCAGUUUGAUCGGCAUCCCGAACGUCGAGAGAUGGGGUCGUAGGAAGAUGAUGAUGUACGCCGCCGCCGGCCAAUUCGUCUGCUACCUCGUCAUCACAAUCUGCAUCCGCCACACCGAACUCGGAAGCCUCUCCGCUGAGACGCAAGGCCAAUGGGCCAAGGCCUCCAUCGCCUUCUUCUUCCUCUACUACGUCUUCUUCGGCAUCGGCUGGCAAGGUGUCCCCUGGCUCUACCCCACCGAGAUCAACUCCCUCUCGAUGCGCACAAAGGGCGCCGCCCUCGGCACCGCGACCAACUGGAUCGUCAACUUCAUGGUCGUCGAGAUCACGCCCCCGGGCAUCUCCACCCUCGGCUGGAAGUUCUACAUCAUCUGGACCGUCUUCAACUUCUCCUUCGUGCCCAUCGUCUACCUCUUCUACCCGGAGACCGCCGACCGCACCCUCGAGGACGUCGACCGCUUCUUCGCCGAGAACCACGAGGUCCUCGUCUUCCGCAACCCGGACGCCACCUCGUCGAAGCGCCCGCUCAAGUACGUCGCGCAGGAGGAGGACCAGAUCGCCAAGAGGAACAGCGGCGUCGUCCCCGGCGAGGUCGAAGACAUGCUGCGCAGGCGAGGCGCCGCGGGCGUGGAGAAGAAGGGCGAGGCGGACGAGGAGAUGGCGUUUGGGGAGCAUCAGGAGAGGAGGUGA